AUGGUAAUCAAGCAUAAACCUCAGGCAGUGUUGUACAGCGGGGGCUUUGUUGGUCUUGGAGAAGACAACGGUGACUUGGCCGAUGUUCAAGCCCUGGAUACCUUCUGCGUCAACACUGUCGUGAAGGCAAGAAGUGAUGGGAAUCUGGAUUUUCUACAGCCUCAACACCAGCUGAGCUGUGGCAGAACCAAGUGGAGAGCUUGGGAGCCCCAGCAGGAGCCUGACCUGCAGCUAAGGAAGUUGAAUGCAAUAUACAGGUGCCAGCCAGGUCGGCUCUGGAUCUUCUUCAGCCUCCUCAUCCUCCUCUUGGUCACGCUUCAAUUCGCGGAGAAGCUGCAGCCUCCCAGAAACUGCCGGUGUGAGCUGGAGCGUGCCCUGCAGCAGACCACGGACCACAGCCAGAAGAGGCUCAGCUAUGCCCUCCAGACCCCCAACCUGCUGUGGGAAGAUGAUUCCCCGCACUGGCAGAGGAAAGCCAUGCCGGACCCCACUUCGACUGAGGGCGUGCAGGAUGUUUUUCAGAUGCAUCUGUACUUCAGCCAGGAGACCCCGCAGGAAAGCAGCCCAGGCAGGCAAGAGGAGCACUGGACAUCUUUGGAGGGCAGCAAGAAGGUGGAAGCCCAUCCCUCAUCCACGAGGCUGAAAUCCCAGCUUCCUGGCCUGAGAAAAGCAAUCAGAGAGGGUCCUUCUCCAAGUCUUUCUGGGAGGAUCUCUGGAGUUUUGGGAGACGCUGAUGCUAUCACCAGCAAGUUCACAAUCUUUGCAAACAGGAUGACCACAGAGGAACACAGGAGAACAUCACCACCAGGAAUGAGGCAGGUGGUGGUACAGAGCCAGUAUCAGCCUCAAGCCACAGGUUCCCCCCACCAUCGGUGGGGCAGCUCCUUGCCAAACUCAGCUCAACCUCCACAAGCAGAGGACUUUUACAACACAGACCCAGAGAGAGGAUUUUUCCCAAGCUGGACAGAAGUCUCCAAGGGUGACAAGGUGACUCUUGGAGAAGGCCAGCAGGCCAGAGGGGUCUCCUCUCAAGGGGAGACAUGUGAGCCCAAGACUGACAUUGUUUUCCUCAAAGUCCACAAGAGUGCCAGCAGCACCGUCAUGAACAUCCUCUUCCGCUUCGGCGAGACGCACAACCUCACCUUCGCCUUCCCCAUCGGGGGUGGCAACCAGCUCUUCUACCCACGCCACUUCUUGGCGAAGUUUGUGCAGGGCUUCUCCCCCAGGAGCCCUCAGCGGUUCAACAUCCUCUGCCACCACAUGCGAUUCCUGCAGCCGGAGGUGCAUAAAGUGGUGUCCAGCUCAGCAUUCUAUUUCUCCAUCCUGAGGAACCCCGUGAAGCUCAUGGAGUCCUCCUUCGCGUACUACAAGGGCACAUCGGCUUUCUCCCGCGCCCACAGCCUGGAGGAGUUCCUCAGCCAGCCCUACCACUACUACAACCCCGCAGACGGUGACAGCCACUACGCCAGGAACCUCAUGACGUUCGACUUUGGCUUCAACCCUGACGGAGAUGUCUCAGCCGAGCGGGUGCAACUCAUGCUGAAGGCCAUCGAGGCGUCCUUCGACUUGCUUCUCAUCUCGGAGUACUUCGAUGAGUCCAUGGUGCUGCUGAAGGAGAUGCUGUGCUGGGACCUGGACAGCGUCGUCUCCUUCCCGCUCAACAUCAGGGACAGCAGCACCAAGUCCCUGCUCUCAGACACCAUCGUGGAAAAGAUAAAGGACUGGAACAGGCUGGACUGGGAAAUCUACACCCACUUCAACAGGACCUUCUGGGAAAGGAUUGACCGAGACAUUGGCAGGGAGCGCAUGCAGCGGGAAGUAAAGGUACUUCGGGAGAGGCAGGGAGAGCUGGCGAGGACCUGCCUGCAAGGGACGGGCAGCGUGGCCCCAAAGCACAUCAAGGACUCUUCCCUGAGGCCGCUGCAGCACGGCAGUGCAAAGAUCUUGGGCUAUAACCUCAAGCAGGGCUUGGACAAGGAGACAGAGCGCAUGUGCCGGCGGCUGGUGACCCCAGAGCUGCAGUACAGCAGCCAAGUAGGAGCGGAUCUUCUCUGCUCUGGCUCCUGCCGAGGUGAUGCAGGGCAGGGACACCUGUACUACCAGAGCAUCGCAUGA